AUGCUACAGACCACCCAACAAGGGACAACACAACACGCGACCCCCAGCUUACAUGAUCCGGACCCAAAAUUAUUCAUGGAGAAGAUGUUGGCACGCUUUUCAGAAAUAGUGCAGAUGGGAUACAGUACCCCCGGACUGGUACAAGCAUUUUGCGACCACGUCACAUUGAAGGGGCACUUUCAUAGAUUCUUCCAGUUGUAUAUCUACCGAUUCAUUUGUCACUACUACACAACCACAAACAGGCUUAAUAAGCGUCGCUUCAUCCAGUUGCAAGGUAACAAGCAGUGGUAUGAAGCGGCUCUGCAGGAUUUUGCAGGGUUCUUGGCAGAUCGCAUUCUUCUUCGGUUUACUGUGUGGUCUGCAAAUUAUUUGAAGCAGGCCGACUCCGAGAGUGCAUCUGGGUGGCUACUUAAGCCCUUGGUUCUGCGGGAUCACGCUCGAUGUGUGAUCACUGGGAGUGAUGGGUGGAGGGAGUUGAAUGGGAACUUGAAGACCGCGACAAUAUCUUACGAUGGUCAAAAAGUACCCGCUACUGGUGCAAAUCAUAGCCAACUCCGGGGUGUUUAUAUUAUUCCUCCGAAGUUGUUACCCCCGCCAACCCAGAUCAAGCUCCACCAAAUGGCGAGGAAGAACGCGACUAUCUUGAUGAUGGAAAUGUUCGAGCCAAAUAUUCGAGAUAUGCUCGACAAGGCCACACUACGAAGCUCUGCCAACAUGUUCACACUGGAUAAAGUGCAGCACGAGCUGUUCGCAUCCUCUCUGAUCUAUUUGGAGGCGACAUCUCAUCCAUGCGAGUAUUGUUUAUGGUCACCACUCGAGGAUGGUGUCGGGCGACGGACUGAGAAAGAGACAGUAGUGAAAUUAGAGCCUCGCGAAGGCAUUCCUGCGCCGUCUCGUCAAUUCUUGAGCUUGCACCGGAGCGUGUCGCGAAUCUUGGCAAUUAGCGGGGCGAAAGGGUAUAUGAAUUGGAAGGUUAGACGGUGGGAGGAGAGAAUCGGUAUCGCGGAAUAG